AUGGUCAAAAGAACAGCAACAGGUGCCACUACUACCGUAACAAACACAGACACAUCCUCGCCAAUGGUUAAAAAACCAACAUUAAACAGUUCAUACGACACAACAGCCAUUGAAACAUGGGUCAAAUGCGGUGAAUGUGCCAAUACCCUUGGUUUAACAGAAGCGGCAAUCAAGUCAUUUGAAAAUGCCGUACAUCGAGAUCCAUCAAAUAUAACUGCAUUAUGCGGUCUAAGUCUAUCUCUUCGAGUCAAUGAUAUAACUCAAAAUGAAACAUUUGGUUCACAAUCGGCAAUAGAAAAGCUAAAUGCUUCAAUUGAAAUGUUUCCUCAUCUUUUGAAGAAUCUGAAUAUUUUCAAAGAAUUAUCGGAAUGUUAUCUUUUAAUUGGAUUAAAUGAUCAAGCUCAUCAAGCUAUACAAUCAGCUAUACAAUUAUCACCACAAGAUGCAUCAUUAUGGUUACUAAGUGCCCAAACUUUAAUACGCGCAGGAGCUCGAAGUCAUGCAGCUAAUUCACUAUCUCAUUGUUUAUCAUUAUUACCACCACAAGACUCAAGUUACUCACAACAGGAUAUUGAAACUGCUCGUGCUGCUCACGCUGAAUUGGCAGCUAUUGCUGGUGCUGAUGGCAAUAUCGAAACUUCAAUUGCUGAAUUAACAGCAACACUAUCAUUACCACCACCACCAUUAUCAAGAAUUGAUGAGCAUAUUGCACUCUGGUGUGCGUUGUCAACUGCUAAAGAACGAGCAAAUGAUAUUGUGGGUGCAAUAAGAGCAUGCGAGGAUGCCCAAUUGGCUGUGGGUGAUUCACCACGUAUCUUGAUGACAAAUGCAUACCUCUUGUUACUUUUGAAUUCUAGAGAUAAUGCCGAUGCAGCCAUUGCCAUUUUGAAUAAAAUUGUCAAUCUACCAGCCGACGAGUCAUUAAUUAAUGAAGGCACUGAUUUUUUACCAUGGUAUCUCCUAGGAAGAGCUCAUUCUUUUAUGGAUCGUCCACGAUUAGCAUACGAUUCAUAUCAAGUGGCAUUAAAAUGUGCAUCAAACUCACCAAUAACGUGGCUAGCAGUGGGGAAAUUGUACCUCGAAUUGAAACAGUUGCCCGAUGCAUUGGCGGCUUAUUCACAAGCAUUAAAGUUGCAAUUGGAUGAUGGAUCUCAAGGAACAGCAACUGCAUGGGAUGGUCUUAGUUGCGUUUAUGAACGAUGUGAUGAUCAUUUGAUGGAUGCUUCCGAUGCGUGCAAUCGAGCUGCAUUGUGCUAUAAAGCCAUUGGCGAUUUGAAAAAUUACAAUUAUUUCGAAUCUAGAGCUGAUCAAUUGGCUAAAGCCGCCAAGAAUGCUGGACCUAUACCUGAGUUGAGACAGCCACCUGAUGUGCCUAGUUUCUUGUUGAGAGAUUUGGUGGCAUUGGCGCCAAAUGAAAGAAUUGCUUAUACGCAAACUCAAAGACAGUCACCUUAUCAAGCACAUGCACAGCCUCAAACUCAGCCAACUCAAUCACUUCAGCAGCAACAGCUGGAACAGCAACAGCAGCAGCAGCAACAACAACAACAACAACAACGGCAACCUCCACCAGUGAAGCAAGAACAAGUUCCAUCAGCACAUCAUACACCAUCUUUGCAACACCAACAACAGCAUUAUGGACCACCAUUACCACCACCACCACCACCAAAUCAACAACAACAACAACAACAACCUCCACCACAUCCACACCAGCAAUCCCAAUAUGGACCGCCACCUCCAGGUCAACAACAAUACCAGCCACUGUAUCACCCAUCUCCAUAUCAAGGCCCACCCGUACCACACCAACAACCAACUCCUCAACCACAACACCUGCAACAACAACAACCACCCGUGCCACCGCAGCAACAGCAACAGCAACAACCACCAUCGCAACAACAAACUCCUUCGCAGCCACAAUAUCGCUCAAUAGCUCAACCACAAUACUAUUACCCACCACCACCACCGCCACAAUCACAACAACAGUACUAUUACGCACCCCCACCACCACCAAACCAACAACAACAACAACAGCAGCAGCAGCAACAGCAACAACAACAACAACAACAACAACAACAACAACAACAACAACAACAACAACAACAGCAGCAUUCACCACCGCAACUCUCACAUUCUCAAAUGCUUCAUGGAAACAGCGGUGGUCCACCCGGUGGAUCCAAUGGCCCACCUCCAUUACCACCACCUAAUACAAAUGUAAAUACAAGUACAAACGCAACUAGUGGAAAUGGCGCCGGAGGACCCCCAUUACCACCACCUCCACCUCCGGGAACUCAAUACUCUAUGAUUCCACCAACACCUGGAAGUUUGCCACUGCCUCAUCAUCAAAGUGCCGGUGCUCCCGGGUACGGACAUGGACCUGCUCCCGGGCAAGGUGCUAGUUAUGGACUGUAUUUGCCCAUACCCGGGAUCAGCAAUGGCGGUGGUGGUGGUGGUGGUGCCACGGGCAGUAAUGGACAACUGCAAUAUGCGUCACCCAACUGGAGAAGGUGA